AUGCUGCUGCUCGUUGCUCUCCUGCCAUUGAUAGGCCUCUCCUUUGUGUGGGCAGGUGUAACGAGCAACGCUAGCCACGUUGCCAAUAGGUCUUUCGACUAUAUCAUCCUUGGUGGUGGCACUGCGGGUCUCGCGCUUGCUGGUCGUUUGAGUGAGGAUCCGCACGUAAGCGUGCUGGUGAUUGAAGUUGGACCUGAUAACCGCACAAGCCCGCUCGAGAGUGUAGUAAACUAUCCGAUUGGACUCAGUACGGCUCUUGAUUGGCAGUAUCAGACUGUUGACCACAAGCGAAUCAGAGGAGGGAAGACGCUCGGUGGAAGCUCUGCAAUCAAUGGCGGAGCGUGGACUCGCGGACAGAAGGCUCAGUAUGAUGCAUUCACAGCGCUCCUUGAACCCAAAGACGCAGGCAAAGGCUGGGACUGGCAAGGACUAUCUCAUUACAUGAAGAAGGCGGAGCAUUUCUCGCCACCAGACGCUAUACAGCGCGCUUUAGGCGCCAACUUCGUGGAAGCGUUUCACGGCUUCGAAGGGCCCGUGCAUGCGGCGUUUCCCACGAAGAUGUAUACCGGACCCGCGAAUCCGCUCUUUGUUGAUACAGUGCGCAACCUAACGGGCAUCAGACUCAUACCCGACAUCCAUGGCGGGAACGCUAAUGGUGCUGUCUACGACCCUAUUAGCCUCAACAAGUUCAAUAACGACAGCAGGAGCUCGUCCGCUGCUUCCUAUCUUACGCCCGUAGAAGACACUCGCCCCAUCUGGGUCACUCUCGUCGAGCACACCGCCACCCGAAUACUCUUCUCAAACUCCUCUCCGUUGAGAGCCAUAGGCGCCGAGUUCGCUGCUACGCCGCCGGCUAACACCACACCAUCACUCUCGGAUACCGCGAUCUUCACGGCGUACGCCAAACGUGAAUUCAUACUAGCGGCAGGCGCUCUUCGCUCGCCAGCACUAUUGCAGCUGAGCGGCAUCGGCGACGCGGCGCUUCUGCGCAGCUUGUGCAUUGAUGUGCUACUCAAUCUGAAGGGCGUGGGAAGGAACCUGCAGGAGCAAACGAAUACGGGUCUCACCGCAUUUGGGAGCGCAAGACUCGCCGAGGAGUUUGGUGGGGGUGGACCAGACACUGUUGUCGCGUUCCCAAGCAUAUACGAGCUUUUUGGGACAAAAGCGCGUGGGAAGGUUGAUGAAAUUGAGAAGAGCCUGCGCGGAUGGGCUGAGAGUCAAGCGCAUAACACCGGCGCAGACGCGAACGCGUUGAUGGAUGUGUUCAAGCUGGUGACGAACGCGAUCGUCGAAGAUCAUGCGCCGAUAGCGGAGCUGUACUAUGAUCUGUCUAUGGCACCGUCGACAUUGAAGCUCGCCACGUGGAACCUCUUGCCCUUCUCCCGGGGAAGCGUCUCUAUAAACUCUACCAACCCAUUCCAUCAACCGUCGAUCUCAGUCAACUGGUUCAGUGUGCCUUUCGAUAUGACCGUCCAAGUCGCGGGUGCUCGUCUCAUCCGCCAGAUCUUCGAAGCGCCACCGAUGCGCAACAUCACGAAUGGAACGCUCGCUAUACCGACACUCGGGAUGGUCCCGCAGGACGCGACCGACGAGGACUGGGAAGAAUGGAUUCUACAGGCAUUCGAAGGGAACUCCCAUCCCAUCGGAACGGCUGCGAUGAUGCGGCGCUCGCUCGGUGGUGUUGUUGACGCUGAGCUGCGUGUCUACGGCACGGAGAACCUUCGAGUCGUCGACGCUAGUAUAGUGCCUAUUCAGCUGAGCGCGCACCUCUCGUCGACGAUAUAUGGCAUCGCGGAGAAGGCUGCCGACAUCAUCAAGGCGGCAUACAAGGAAGAUUGCUGA